AUGCUGGGUUCUCGCUCUUUCUCUGCUGUCAAGCAAGGUUCUUUGAAGAACCUCAACUUCGUUCGCUCUUAUGCGUCAGCUCCACCAACUGCCGCCUUUGCUGGUCAAAAGGGCAACAACGGGAAGUACACUGUAACCCUCAUUCCGGGAGAUGGUAUUGGCCCAGAAAUUAGUGAAUCCAUCAAGAAUAUCUAUACUGCGGCUCAGGUACCUAUUCAAUGGGAAGAAGUCAGCGUUACGCCUAUCCUCAAGGGUGGAAAAACUGUCAUUCCGGAUAGUGCUAUCCAAUCCGUAAAAAAGAACACCGUCGCUCUUAAAGGACCUCUUGCAACUCCCAUUGGCAAAGGCCAUGUUUCGUUGAAUUUAACAUUGCGACGAACUUUCAAUUUGUUUGCCAAUGUCCGUCCUUGCGCAUCCAUCCAGGGCUUCAAGACUCCUUACGACGACGUGAAUACCGUUCUCAUCCGUGAAAACACUGAGGGAGAGUACUCCGGUAUUGAGCAUGAGAUCGUGGAUGGUGUGGUGCAAUCUAUCAAGCUUAUCACAUGGGAUGCUUCAGAGCGGGUCGCUCGCUAUGCUUUCAAUUACGCUCAGACUAGCGGACGACUACGUGUCACUGCCGUUCAUAAGGCCAACAUCAUGAAAAUGUCCGAUGGCAUGUUCUUGUCUGCAUGCCGCGAAGUGUCGAAAGAAUUCCCAGAUGUUGCUUACGAUGAGGAUCUUCUGGACCGCGUUUGCCUCCAGGUUGUCACGAAUCCUAAGCCCUACUCUGAUCGUGUCAUGGUUAUGCCCAAUCUUUACGGUGACAUCUUGUCCGAUAUGUGCGCUGGAUUGAUUGGAGGGCUUGGUCUCACACCCUCGGGCAACAUUGGACGGGAUGCUUCUAUCUUUGAGGCCGUUCAUGGUUCAGCGCCUGAUAUUGCCGGCAAAGGAUUGGCUAACCCGACUGCGCUGUUGUUGUCAUCCAUCAUGAUGUUAAGACACAUGAGGUUGUAUGACUACGCGGACAAGAUAGAAAAGGCCGCUCUUACGACCAUUGCUGAGGGGAAGAGUAUCACUGGCGAUUUAGGUGGCAAGGCAACAACCAAGGAGUAUACUGAUGCCAUCAUCCAGAAACUCAGAGCUUAA